AUGCUGGCUUUAGAUCAAGCUUUUUUCUUACCAUUAUCUGACGCUGGUAUGUCAGAAUAUCGUCAACAAUGUACACAACUAACUGAUGCACUAGAUGAUUUAACUAAGAAAAUAUUUAAUGAAUUUCAAACAACCAUUGAACCAGAUCCAUUGAAAUGUCUUGAUUUACCUGUAUUAACACGUAGUACAUUACAACCUGGUAUGCUUGAACCAAAUUUCAAUGGAACAACUCUUAAAUUAAUUAAUGAAUUACAUUAUUGGUCAAGGCUUGGUUUCGAACUACCAACAAAUACUAAUGAAGCAUAUCGAAGACGAAUAGAAUUAAAAUAUCUCUAUGAUAUCAUACUAAUUAUUGUUCGUGAUUAUAAUCAUAUCAUAAGUUCAUUAAAUAAUGAUGAACGUGCAUUAUUUAAAGAACGUAUCAAAAUGUUAGAUAUAAAAUUAUUACCAGGUUUAACAAAAUUACAUUGGACAGUAAAAGGUUUAGUUGAAAUGUUUGUUAAUGAUUGUCGUAUACAAGCAAAUAAAUUACAAUUAAAAGUUGAUGAAUAUAAAUUAGCAAAUAUAAAUAUUAAAGAAAAUUGUGAAGAAAUUGCACAAACUUUAUUAAUUAAAUUACAAUCAAAUCGUAUUUAUGAAAAUACUGAAUUUGAUGACUGUCAAUCUGAGCAUAGAAAGGUAACAAAAGAAAAACUUAUUGCCAUCCAUAAAGAUAUCAUAAGAAAGUUGCAUGAAGUGAAAGAAACAUUUGUUUCUGAAAGUGCCGAUAUUCAAAUGCAUUGGUGGAAAUAUACAGAAAAAAUGGAUCAUUUUUGUGAAGAAGCAUUCAGAAUAAAUGUCAAGUCAUCAUUAUGUGAAUUGCAAAAAGCAAUAAACGGUGAUGGACGAAAUGAUCCUAAUCCUCUAUUCAAAGUAUCAUUGAAUUUAGAUAAUGAUGUUUUAAUAUUUUCUCCAACACUUGGUCAACUAACACUUGUUGUAGCUUCAUUAGGCAGUAAAUUCGCAGAAAUCAUUUCAGUGAUUCCUCGUCUACCUGAUUUGUUAGCCCAAGCUAAGUCUACAAAACCACCAAUAAGUGAAGUUAUUGCAACAGAUGAAGAAAUUAAUAAAAUACAAGCGAGUAUUAAACGUGGAAUGCAAGAAAUUGGUACAGCAGUUCAUGAACCUCUUAGUUAUUGGGAUCAAUUUAGAGAAAUAUGGGAAUUGCCUAAAGAUGAUUUUAUACAAAGAUAUCGACAAUUAAAUCCACAUGUUACUUCAAUUGAUGCUGAUAUAUCUAGAUAUACGGAAGUAAGUAAUAAAGUCUUAGAUGCAGACACUAUGGUUACGACCAAGUUUUUACAAUUGGACUUUAGUUUAUUAAAAAAUGCAAUAGCUGCUCACUGUCGAGACUGGCAGAUGCGUUUAAUCAACCUUUUACUUUCAAUGACAGAAGAUUCAUUAAAUGGGGUUUAUACAUAUAUGAAUGAUGUUCAAGAAAGAAUUCUUCGACCACCAUUGAAUUUAGAUGAACUUGGCGAUUCUAUCCAACUAUUGGAACAAAUAUUAUCUGAGCAAAUUGAAAUUCAAGCGAAAUUUGGACCUUUGGAAGAACAAUUCGCUAUUCUAGAUAAAUGUGAAGUAACGUAUUCUGAUGAAAUAUUAAAUCGUAGAGUAAACUUGGCUAGUGAUUGGGUACAAUUUCAAAGUUCAUUAGCUUCAGCUGAAGUGAUGAUUAAAAAAUCCAAAGAGAAAUUCAAAGUUGGUUUAUUGAAUGAUACGGAAGAAUUUAAACGUGCAGUAUCAAAUCUUUUACAAGAACUACAAAUGAAAGGACCAUAUGCAGCUAAUCUUAAACCACAAGAAGCAAUUGAUAUUAUCAACCAAUUCUUGGAACAAUUAGAUAAUCUUAAAAGUCAUGAAUUAGAACUACGUCAUGGAUUAAAUUUAUUUAAAAUAGAACAGCCACCUUUUAAAGAAAUUGCGAUCAUAGAGAAAGAUUUAGAUAUAUUGAGCACUAUUUGGACUACAAACAUGGAGUGGGAAAAUAACUGGGAAAGUUGGAAGGCUGGACGAUUUUAUGAUCUACAAACAAAUGAAAUGGAAAACUUGGCUAAUGCACAAUUUCGUAAAUUUACCAAAUGGGCACGUGAUUUGAAAGAUAGAAAUUGGGAAAUUAUUGAAGUUAGUAGAAAAAAAGUUGAUCAGUUUCGUCGUACAUUACCAUUGAUCACGGAUUUACGUAAUUCAGCUAUGCGUACAAGACAUUGGGAUAAGAUUAAAGAAGAAAUGAAUACACAAUUCAAUGUAGAUUCUGAUGAAUUUACAUUAGAAUGUAUAGUAGAAUUAGGAUUUGAACAAUAUUCUGAUUUAAUCAGUGAAAUAUCCGGUGCAGCAACUAAAGAAUUAGCUAUUGAAAAAGCCCUUGAUACAAUGGAACGUUUUUGGCAAAAUAAUGAACUUGAUAUGAUAUCAUACAAAGAUAAAAGUAUUUAUAAGAUUAGAUCUACAGAUGAAAUAUUUGAAGCAUUGGAAGAUAAUCAAGUUCAAUUGUCAACAAUGAAAACAUCGCGAUUUGUCAAACCAUUUGAACAUCUUGUUGAUAAUUGGGAACGUGUACUUUCAUUAAUUACAGAAACUAUUGAAGCUUUAUUAACUGUACAAAGGCAAUAUAUGUAUAUGGAAACUAUAUUUCUUGGUGAAGAUAUUCGUAAACAAUUACCAAAAGAAUCUGUAUCAUUUGAUAUGAUCAAUAUACAAUGGCAAUCGAUCACAACAUAUUUAUAUGAAACACGUAAUACAAGAACAUGUGCAAGUAAACCAGGUUUAUUGGAUCAAAUCAAUAAACUUGUACAAAGUUUAGAAGAAAUACAACAAUCAUUAGAUAUGUAUUUAGAGACAAAACGUCAAAUAUUUCCUCGGUUCUAUUUUAUAUCAAAUGAUGAUUUACUCGAAGUAUUAGGACAAGGUAGAAAUCCCGAAGCUGUUAUGCCACAUCUGAAAAAAUGUUUCGAUAAUAUUACUCUCUUGAGAUUAGAAAAGACAAAUUUUCUAGUAUAUAAUGCCUUAUCAAUGUUUUCGUUGGAUGGUGAAGAAGUGCCAUUCAAAAAUAAAGUUCGCCUUGAUGGUCCUGUAGAAUCAUGGUUAGGCGAUAUUGAAGAACAAAUGUAUAAAACAUUAAAGGAUAUGUUAAGAGAUUGUAGAAUUGCUUUAAAGAAAGCAGCAAACAAGCGUGAUAAAUUUAUUAAAGAAUGGCCAGGGCAGUUAUGUAUUACAUCAAGUCAAAUUCAAUGGACAGCUGAUGUUACAAGAGCAUUACAGCUGGUAUCAAAUAGACAAGACAAAAGACCAUUGAAAUCAUUAAAACAUAAACAAAAGAAUCUUUUAGAAAAAUUUUCAGAAAUAAUACGUUCAAAUUUAACAAAAAUUCAACGUUUAAAAAUUAAUGCCCUCGCUGUUAUUGAAGUUCAUCAACGUGAUAUUAUUGACAAACUUUAUAAAAUAGGCUGUAAUGAUAUAAAUGCUUUUGAUUGGUUAAGUCAACUUCGAUUUUAUUGGGAAAAGGAAGCAGAUGACUGUUUUGUUCGACAAACAAAUACAUCUUUUCGUUAUGGUUAUGAAUAUUUGGGCAAUUCUGGACGACUAGUUAUUACACCUCUUACUGAUCGUUGUUACAUAACACUGACAACUGCAUUACAUUUACACAGAGGUGGUUCGCCUAAAGGACCUGCUGGAACUGGUAAAACAGAAACAACUAAAGAUUUAGGCAAAUCUCUUGGGGAUUAUGUAAUUGUUGUUAAUUGUUCAGAAGGUUUAGAUUAUAAGUCUAUGGGUCGUAUGUUUGCAGGUUUAGCUCAAACUGGUGCAUGGGGAUGUUUCGAUGAAUUCAAUCGUAUAAAUAUAGAAGUGCUAUCAGUCGUGGCUCAACAAAUACUAUCAAUUCUAUCUGCAUUAGCGGUAGCUGAUCAGUCAGACAAUCAAAAUACGAAAACAAGAUUUAUGUUUGAAGGUCGAAUGAUUCAGUUAGUAUGGUCAUGCGGUAUAUUUAUUACAAUGAAUCCUGGUUAUGCUGGACGUACAGAAUUACCAGAUAAUUUAAAAUCUAUGUUUAGACCAAUUGCAAUGGUGGUACCAGACUCAUCAAUGAUAGCAGAAAUUACAUUAUUUGCCGAAGGUUUUAGUUCCACAAAGAUUUUAGCCAAGAAAGUAUUUACACUGUAUAAUUUAACUGUACAACAAUUAAGUAAACAAGAUCAUUAUGAUUUCGGUCUACGCGCACUAGUAUCUGUACUACGUUAUGCUGGUAAGAAGAAACGUACCAACCCAAAUAUGUCAGAUGAAGAAUUGUUACUAUUAUCAUUGAAUGACAUGAAUCUAGCUAAGCUUACUUCAGUGGAUUUACCAUUAUUUGAAGGUAUUAUUACUGAUUUAUUCCCAAGUAUUGAACCACCUACAAUCGAUUAUUCAAAGAUUAAAAAUGCUCUGCAAGAAGAAUGUAAUAAAAUCAAUCUGCGUAUGACACCGUUUACACUAACCAAAGUUAUACAACUGUAUGAAACCAAAAGUUCGAGACAUUCAGUUAUGAUAGUUGGCAAAGCAUUAUCAGGGAAAUCUACAACAUGGCGCCUACUUAAAGCAGUCCACAAUUCAUUGGCCAAAGUACCUAACUCUGACUUUGAAAUGGUUACAGAAUAUUCAUUAAAUCCUAAAUCCUUAUCUUUAGGCGAAUUAUAUGGAGAAUUUAAUUUAUCAACAAAUGAAUGGACAGACGGUGUACUUUCAAGUAUUAUGCGACAAACGUGUUCAGAUGGGUCGCCAACAUUAAAAUGGAUAAUAUUCGAUGGACCAGUAGACACGUUAUGGAUUGAAAGCAUGAACAGUGUUAUGGACGAUAAUAAAAUCUUAACAUUGAUCAAUGGAGAAAGAAUUUCAAUGCCUGAACAAGUCUCACUACUUUUUGAAGUGGAAGAUUUAUCUGUAGCAUCUCCCGCGACUGUAUCACGUUGUGGUAUGGUUUACAAUGAUGUAAAUGAUUUAGGCUGGUGGCCGUAUGUUGAAUCAUGGUUGUCGAAAAAGACAAAUAAGGUAUUAGUUGAAGAAACAAAACGUUUCUUCACUAAAUACAUUGACAAUUUAUAUGAAUAUAUCAGACUGAACUGCAAUAUUAUCAUUCCAAUGAGUUUAACUAAUACAAUUAUUUCGUUAUGUAAAUUAUAUGAUAGUUUGGCGACUCCUGAAGUAUGGGCAAAUCCUGCAGAUGUAGACUAUUAUCCGCGUUUAUUGGAAAUGACGUUUCAAUUUUGUAUGAUAUGGUCUGUUGCAUGUCUAGUUGAUGAAGAUGGUCGUAAAAAAGUUGAUGCAUAUAUCCGUGAAAUUGAAGGAAGUUUUCCAAAUAAAGAUUCAAUCUAUGAAUAUUAUGUAGAUCCUAAAUCAAGAUCAUGGAUUCACUGGGAGGAGAAAUUAAAUACUGGAUGGAAAUAUUCACCGAAUGUACCAUUUCAUAAAAUACUAGUACCAACUGCAGAUACAAUUCGGUAUAAUUUUCUCCUGGAUUGUACAGUUAAACAAAAAUAUCCUGCUCUACUAGUUGGUUCUGUUGGGACUGGAAAAACAUCAUUAGCUUUGGAUUUAUUAAGGAACUUAGAUUCAACACAAUGGAUUAAUCUAAUAAUUAAUAUGUCUUCACAAACAACAUCAAACAAUGUUCAAGAUAUUAUUGAAGGACGAGUAGAGAAACGUACAAAAGAUACAUUUGUACCUGUUGGAGGUGGUAAAAUGCUUACAUUUAUGGAUGAUUUUAAUAUGCCUGCUAAAGAUAGCUCUGGUUCUCAACCACCUCUUGAAUUAAUUCGUCAAUGGUUGGAAUAUGGAUUUUGGUAUGAUCGUGCAAAACAAACUAGAAAGAAAAUAAAAGGUAUGCAACUUUUCGCAGCAAUGGGUAUACCGGGUGGUGGAAGAAUGAUAUUAUCUCAACGAUUACAAGCCCAUUUUCAUCAAAUUGUUGUCACAUUUCCAACGGAGGCCAAUCUUAAACGAAUUUAUGGAACUAUGAUCACUCAAAAAUUACAAGAAUUUCAAGAUGAAGUUAAAUCGAUGGCUGAUAAUUUAACUCAGGCUUCAAUUGAUUUAUAUCAUGCAAUUGUUAAUAAAUUUUUGCCAACUCCAACAAAAAUACACUACUUAUUCAAUUUAAGAGAUAUUUCCAAAAUCUUUCAAGGUUUACUUCGGGCUACUAAAAAGUAUAUUGAUACUCGUAACUCAAUGCUUCGUUUAUGGAUUCACGAAGGAUUACGUGUAUUUUAUGAUCGUUUGGUAGAUGAAAAAGACAGGGCAACAUAUCUCGAUCUGGUAGGUGAAUCAUUGGCCAGUUACUUCGACCAAACUUAUCAUGGUUUGUGUCCGUCUAAACAGUCUCCAAUAUUUGUGGAUUUUAUGAAUCCUGAUAAUUCAUAUGAAGAUGUUACAGAUUUAGAUAGACUACGUAAAUUUAUGGCCCAAACUUUAAAAGAAUAUAAUGAAUCUCCUGGUAUGGUACAUGUAGAUUUAGUCAUGUUUCGUGAUGCAAUUGAACAUACGUGCAAAGUUGUUCGUGUAAUUAAUCAACCAAGAGGUAAUAUGCUAUUAAUUGGGAUUGGUGGUAGUGGUCGUCAAAGUUUAAGUCGUUUAGCAGCCUAUAUAUGUGAAUAUAAAACAUUUCAAGUUGAAGUCACAAAACACUAUCGUAAACAGGAAUUCCGAGAAGAUUUAAAGAAAAUGUAUUUUCAAGCUGGUGUUGAAAAUAAACCAACAGUAUUCUUAUUUACUGAUGCACAAGUGUUAGAUGAAUCAUUUUUAGAAGAUAUUAAUAAUAUGUUAAGUUCUGGUGAAGUGCCUAUUUUAUACAAAUCAGAUGAAUUUGAAGAGGUUAAACAAGAAUUACUUGAAGUUGCUAAACAAGAAGGUAUUGCAGAGUCGACUCAGGCAAUAUUUCGUUUUUUCAUUGAACGAGUUCGUGCUAAUCUACAUAUUAUUUUAUGUAUGAGUCCUAUUGGUGAACCAUUUCGUAAUCGUAUUCGAAUGUUUCCAGCAUUCGUUAAUUGUACUACAAUUGAUUGGUUUAGUGAAUGGCCACUUGAAGCUUUACUAGAAGUAGCUGAGAAAUAUUUAUCAUCCGUUGAUAUUAACAUUAAUGAACCAGAUCCCCAACUUUUGAUUAAAAAACAGGGAAAAAUGAGAAUAAGUGUUGCGAAAAUAUUCGCUUACAUGCAUCGAUCAGUUACUGAUAUGGCUGUGGUCAUGCUUAAUGAAUUGAAACGACAUAAUUACAUUACACCAACCAAUUACUUAGAAUUUGUAUCUGGGUACAAAAUUCUUCUUUAUCAAAAACGUCAAGAAUUAAGUGAUAAAGCAAAUAAAUUAACAAAUGGUCUUGAUAAGAUUGAUGAAACAAGAAAAAAAGUUGAAGUAAUGUCUGUGGAAUUAGAAGAAGCUAAAAAGAAAGUGUCAGCAUUUCAAAAAGAAUGUGAUGAUUACUUAGUAGUUAUUGUUCAACAAAAACGUGAAGCUGAUGAACAGGCUAAAUCUGUUAUGCAAACUCAAGAAAAAAUUAAAAUAGAUGAAGCUAAAUGUUUACAUAUGGCUGAAUUAGCUCAAGCUGAUUUAGCACAAGCUAUGCCAGCUUUAGAAGCAGCUGUACAAGCAUUGGAGUCAUUAAUAAAAAGACAUCACGGAAAUUAA